UGUGACGUCAUUCGUGUCAUCUCUCUAUUUACUAAUUUUUUCGUUAAAAGAAAAGGGAUAUGUUAUCUCUAAAAUCAUACAAAGUUUGUUCAUUUCAACUAAUCGAGUUCAUUCACUUUAAUACAAUUUGUUAAUAAUAAUUCGUUAAAGUGAAAAUCGUGAAAAUUAUACAGACAAAUUUCGCAAAUUUUGAGGUUAGAAAGGCGAUUUAUCGCAACAAGACAUUUUAUAAAAAAAUCCCCAGCAGUGAAAUGAAUUCCUUUUGUUGAUUGGUCCUGGACUUUAUUUUUACAUUACGUACUUGAUAUUUAUUGGGCAACUGAGUGAAAUAAUUACAGAUAUUACAUUUGUGUGCGUGUUGUCGGAAAUUUUUUUUUUUUUGCUUCGCAUUGAAAAUAAACAGUGAGCAGAAGAAAAGUUUUAAAGAACAGAGGAAUGUGUUCUAUUUUACGUGUAUUUGCAAUUAUAAUUAUACUAUAAAUAGUCAAUAAAGAACAAGUGAACAAAUAUUUCAAACUAAAGUUAAAAAUAAUGUAUUGAAAUAAUUAAAAAUUUAAAGAAGUUUGGAAAAAAGUUUUUUAUAAAGAUGUUCGAACCCACAGAAUUGGGAAAGGAACUUUGUACCCACACUGGAGUUGUUUUACGAGGAGCGAAUACACGAGAAGACGAGGUUCACAGUUCAGGAACUCUUAAUAUUGUCGAAUACAGUUUCGGCAAAUGUAUCGAAUGGAAACCAAUUGAAGUGUCAAUUGUCUCGGAAAUUCAGGAUCAGGAUCCAGAAUGGUCGCUCGUCGACUCACAUACACGACGAACACGAACAUCAUCCGAGGGUCCCGAUUCAUUGGGACGCACGCGUACCGUACGAAUAUUAUUCUCCGAUUUAAAAUCAUUUCGUAUUAAUCACAAUGGACAGCAAUUAAUAUUUAUGCAAAAAGAUGGUACCACUUAUGUGGCAUUCUUUCAACUAUCGAAUGCCGAGAGUUUUGUCAAUUCAUUGAAGGGUUUCAUUAAAUUCGUUAAAUCGAAAAUGGAUAAAAAUUUAUAUAUUAUCGUCGAUGAAGUGAGUAAUGUUUUAAAUAAAUCGUUCGCUGAAUUGGAUAUUUUUCAAGAGAAUACAUCGGACUAUGUUUGGAAAUUUGUUCGUAAUUUACAUGAUCGUCCUUAUGAAACGACUAUGGAGGCUUUCAGUAAAUUGGCCGAUGUUUGGAUAUAUAAAGACACUGAUGCAAAGCGACCAGUCGAGGAAGCAGUGGCUGAUCUUUUAAAUCGUUCUCUGUCAAUUGAUGUGCCUCUGCCUUCGGUUUCCGUGAGUUCUGGAGAAGAAUACGAAGUAAUUGGCGUUUCAACUGCGUCAGUUCUUCUCCCACCAAGACCACCGUGUCCUCGAGGAGCCCCUUUAACCCAAGAACAAUGGGACAAAUACAAGGAUCCAACCGGAAGAGUAAUGAAUCCCGAUGCAGUUAAAGAAAUCAUCUUCAGAGGCGGUAUUUCGCCGUCCUUACGCUACGAAGUUUGGAAAUUUCUACUUAAUUACUAUCCAUGGAAUUCGACGAGUAUAGAGAGAUUGGAAUUAAAAAAAAAGAAGACUGACGAAUAUUUCAUAAUGAAACUCCAAUGGCGAUCUAUGACUCAAACUCAGGAAAAUCGUUUUGCCGAUUAUCGGGAUCGCAAAAGUUUAAUAGAAAAAGACGUAAAUAGAACUGAUCGAACUCACGUUUAUUACUCUGGUGAAAAUAAUCCUCAUUUAGCACAAUUGUACGAUAUUCUAAUGACCUACGUAAUGUACAAUUUCGAUUUGGGAUACGUUCAAGGAAUGAGUGAUUUGCUCAGUCCAAUUUUGUGUCUUAUGGACAAUGAAGUUGAUGCCUUUUGGUGUUUCGUUGGAUUCAUGAACAAAGUCUACACGAAUUUCGAAAUGGAUCAAGCGGGCAUGAAGUGUCAACUCAGUCAAAUUCAUAGUUUACUCUUGAUGACGGAACCGCAAUUAGCGAAUUAUUUAGAUAAACACGACUCAGGAAACAUGUUUUUCUGUUUUCGUUGGCUUUUGGUUUUAUUUAAACGAGAAUUCAACGCCAUUGAUAUUAUGAAACUUUGGGAAGUACUCUGGACCGAUUUGCCCUGUAAGAAUUUUCAUCUUCUUCUUUGCGCCUCAAUAUUGGACACCGAGAAAACUGUUCUCAUGGAAAAUCAAUAUGGAUUCACUGAAAUUUUAAAGCACAUAAAUGAUUUAUCGUUGCACAUCGAAUUGCCCUGGACAAUAUCGAAAGCCGAGGGAAUUUAUCAUCAAUUAAUGUCAGUUGCGCCUCAUCUUCCAAAUAGUGUUCGUACAAUAAUUGGACUUGAACCACUAAAUAGAAGUCCAGAACCUUGUGAAUUUGAUAUCAGUAAUGGAAGUAGUGCCUCGACAACAAAUGGAGAAAAUUCCCGCGAGCAAGAAGCCGAGGGAAAUAUUAAAUUUGGAGAUAACGAAGUAGCAUUCGAACGAGGUUUAAGUAUGUCCUACACAUGAGUUGAAGAAUUUUCUUUUUAUUCUAUUCCAAAUACUUUUCCAUCAUACUCACGAUAAUUGCACCCUUUUUACAAAAAAUGUUUUACUAACCAAAAAAAAGAAUUCUCCAAGCUUUUUUUUCAUAUCUUUCGAAAACGAUUAAAAAAUUGUUUCCCAAUCAUUGUAUAUAAUACUUUAUUUACUUAUUAAAAAGAAAGCAGAGAUUUAUUUUUAAAAGAAAGGAGUAUAAUUUUUAUCCUUUUAAAAGUGUGAUUUCUAUAAUAUAUCCUAGAAGAGAAAUUAUUAUAGAGUUUAAAAAAUUUAAUCGAAAUUAAGUCUUUUUUUCAAAAACUUAAAAUUGUAUAUAUUUGAGUGGUAUGUAAAUGUCUAAUGUAAAGUUAAAAUUUUCAACUUCUUUGGAAAAAACUCCUAAAAAUGUCUUAAUUCAAUAAUUGUAUAUUUAUAUAAUAAAAAAGAUCUUUCAUUUCCAUAGUA